AUGGGCCACGAGACCACACUGGCGUUGCAUUAUGGUGGUGGUGUUGCUCAGGAGGUCCCGGUUGGGGAGGGCACUCAGAGAGUAGACAGAGUCCUGGGAAAGGCAGGGGAGGAGAAGAGAUUCACAGCUGACGUUUGGGGACAGAAGGAGGAGCCUGAGGAGGAGACACGACAGAGUGUCUGGAGAGGCAGGAGGACACUGAGUUCCCUGUAUUGGCCUCCAGGUCCUGUGCUUGCGGAGACCACUGGCGGCUGGAAUCAAGGUUACCGGGACCGCAGCUAUGACCCUCCAUGCCCAGGCCACUGGACGCCGGAGGCACCGGGCUCGGGGACCACAUGCCCCGGGUUGCCCAGAGCUUCAGACACCGACGAGGCCGGGGGCCUCGAGGGCUGCGAGGCAGUGCAAUCCGGGACCCCAGAGGAACCAGAGCCAGAGCUGGAAGCAGAGGCCUCUGAAGAGGCUGAGCUGGAGCCAGAGCCAGAGCUGGAACCCGAGCCUGAAGCAGAACCAGAGCCGGAACUGGAGCCAGAACCGGACCCAGAGCCGGAGCCCGACUUCGAGGAAGGGGACCAGUCGGAAGGUAUUCCUGAAGGCCAGAACUCUGACUGGCCGUGCUCCGCCCAUGCUGGAUAGGACCUGGGAUGCUGCUGGAGCCGAAUCGGAUGCCACCAAGGCUCAGUCCAGCCCAGUACUGCUGGAAGUGAAUAAACUCCGGAGGGUCCACCGGGACCUGGGCUCUCUCCAUGAUUCUGGCUAUUUGCCCAGGAACAGAGGGUGGGUACCUCUGAGUCCCAGGGACCUGGGCAGCCCCAAGCCUACCACAAGCAUCAUCCAGUCCUCAGCCCUAAUCUGCCCUUAGGAGUCCAGGCUGCACCCUGGAGAUCCCAGACUAAUCCCCUUAGUGGGACAAGGACCUGAUCCUCAUGCCCACAUACACAACCCAUUUCCCCUCAUGAGCCACUUGGGAGCCUGUGUAGGUACCAGCUCAACCCCAUGCAAGUCCCUGGGCUGAACAUGGAGCAAGGGGAGGGUGACUUCUCUCCACGUAGGGAGGGCUUAGAGCUCACAACCUUGGGAAGUGAGAUUAGAAGAGGGGAGCAGAAAGGGACCUUGGGUAGACAGAGGCCACACACAUCAUUGUCAUUACUGUUUUAAUUGUCUGGCUUCCCUCUGAACUGGGAGCUCAGUGAGGACUCUGACCAGUAACUUACACAAAAGGCGCUCUAUACAUAUUAUAAUAUAUUCAAUGACUAAAUGAA